CAUACAUGCACGAGCUUCUGAAAGAGCGAAAAGAGUUUUGAAACUAAGGUGCAUGUGAAACAAAAGGAUGGAGCGGUUUCCAAUUGUAUUCAUCUAAAUGUUUUUAAUGCCAAAAACUGCACUAACAGUCAGUAUUAAAACCCCAUUUGCUUCGUAAACAUGGAGCAAGGACUGGAGAUGUCAGCAAUGAUUCCUGCAUUACAAGAACUGGCCAGUGCUAGUUCGGAUGAGUACAACCAGGCUGUGCAGAAACCUCGUCAGAUACUGUGUCAGUUUAUUGACAGGAUACUGACAGAUGUUGACGUCGUUGCUCUGGAGUUAUCUAAGAAGACCAGUUCUGAACCAGCAUGUGUAAUGCUUCUGGAUUUUGUUCAGCACAUCAUUAAAUCUUCUUCAUUGAUGUUCAUAAACCCAGCAUGUCUUUCAGAUCAAUUCAGAAACACUGAGAACAGCUGCACAGGUUUUAGUAAAUGGAUUAUCAACCGCCUCUUACGAAUUGCUGCCUGCCCAGAAUGUGAGGAACUUCACACAAAGAUCUCCUUAGUCAUCUGUUCAUUGCUUCACCUAUUCAGAGCCAAGGGUCCAGUCAUAUUUGGUUUGUUCUCCAGAGAGCUCAUCCGUUUAAUGCAGUUUCUAGUGGAUUUAAAUCUCAUGGUCAGACCACAAUGGCCAUUGGUGCUCGAGUGCUUUCCCAUCACAUCUACAGAGGCUGCUGUUUACCUGACCCCCACUAUCCUUCAGCUGUCCUCAAGUGCCUCUGCACAGGCAUUGCUGCUGACUUUAUUAUCAGUGCUGAUAGACAUUUUGCCAGGCAUGUUUUUCCUCCGUGAAGUGGGCAUUAUAUGGGAGUCUGCUUGCCUCAUCUUGUCUAACGGCAGCCCGAAGCUUAAAGCAUCAUCUAUGUUACUUUUAGCUCGCAUUGUGAUCCUGGGCGGUUUCCCUGAAGAUCAUUCACAGUCAUUUUUCUCUGCCUUUUUGCAUACGCUGGACUCCUUGCAUGCUUGUAGGGAAUCAGAGCUUAGAGUCUAUGGAAAGGAAUUCCAAAAGCUCUCCCAAUGUGUUUUCCAGCCAGAGGAAGGGGCACAUGGCAAGUUUGAGAGAGUCCAUUUGAAUUUGCUGAUGGAGAGACUGGAGAAACUGGUGGUUAGUGGGACCCUUGAACAGCUGAAGGUGAUGGAAGUGAAGGCUACACUUUGUGAUAUCUUCUGCUUUGUUCUGGAGUCUGUUCCUCCGGGAUAUGAGUGUGCUGCGCAGAUCCGGACAGAGAGAGUCACGGCUAUUUGCAAAGCUUUGGUCACAACCAUUGGAACACCUGGACAGCAAGAGCAAAGUGUGGAAGGCUACUUGUACGCUGCUCUGAAGACAGAGGCCAUUGCUGCACUGCAGGAUGUGCAUGCUGGUGUAUCUGACCUUGCUGAUCCUACUAUGUAUGAAGAAGGAGUUCCAGCCAAGCGACGAAAUCUGUCUCUUCCAUCACAAUUCAGAAGCGGGGCCGAAAUCCAACCUAUGCAGGUGGAUAUGAAGAAUAGGAGUGAGGUGUGGACUGCUGUAGAUAGCCGACUAGAGGAGUUACUGACCCAACUGAGGGACCAUACAGUGAAACAGUGCGUGAACAUUGUGCAGGGACUGGCGGUUAUCUUACACCUAGCUGCUCUUUGCUCCAAACACUGCCUCAAUGGACCACAACGUGGCAGUGGUGAAAAGACAUUAGAGACCACAGAUACAACUCGGCUGCUUUGGCUUAAACCUCGAAUUUUGGCUCAGGUAGUGGAAAGCUGCCGCACGGUGAUGGCCAACACCUCAAAUGAAAAAGAGCUGGAGCCUCUGGUAGAAGCUUCAGUUAGGAUAUUUGAUGCUGUCUUGUACAUUAAUGUCAACAGCCAGGUUGACACAAGUCAUUGCAGGAAUCUUUGUGCCCUGCUGUCGAUUCCUUGGGUGCUUGAACAUUCUUCACAAACUGUUUAUCAAACAGCCUCUUUUCCUGCUAGUCUGGUCACAUUGUCUCAGAAACUUUCCCCUGCCUACUCUGUACAAACUCGGGCACACUGUGUAUACCUGCUUGCUCUUCUGCCGAAGAGUGUGUGUGGUGACUGGCGGGCAUCUGUGUACCGUUGGGCCCUGCAGAGUAAGAGUGAAGCUGAGCGGGCCAGUGCUGUCCAGGGCUUCCCGCUGCUGUUGCACCACUUGGGUGUCAAGUCCUACAGCCUCAUCCACGAGGUCCUUCUGAACAGACUUCAGGACAACUCGGCAAAAGUGAAGAUUGAGCUGGCUGGAAUUACAGGGCAACUGGUCUGCUGUUUGUCUGAGAGCUCACAACUGCAGAUUCCUCAAGAGAAGAUGCCUCCUCAACAGCUUCUCUGUGCUGGUCUGAACAUUUCAGACUCUCAUUCUAGACAGACACCUUUCAUUGGAGCCUCUAUACUCACCCCAUUCCUUCUGUUGCUCAAACCCAUGGAGGACAUGAACGUAAAACAAGCUUUUAUCAGGAAUAUACGACACUUGUUCAAGCACGUGGAUCUAGGUAACAGUGACCCUGAUACGAAAGCUCUAGUCAGUGCGCUGGUCAACCUCAUUGAAGACCCAGACCAGGAAGUGCGCACAUUGUUCGGCCAGAACAUCAAGAACCUUCUAGAGUUUUGGAAUGGGAAUGGGUUUCUGAAGGAGCUUCUUGUGUCAAGGCUGAAGGAAGCUUACACAAAUGCAAAGACCUCCAGAAACAAUGAGCUCAAAAAUACACUCAUAAUAACAACUGGAGAAAUUGGGAGAGCUGCUGAGGGGAACCUGGUGUCAUUUGCUCUACUUCGCCUUCUUCACUGUCUGCUCUCCAAGUCCAGUCAGGUGUCAGUAGCCGCCUACACUGAGAUUCAGGCAUUGGCCACCUGUAGAGACCUUAAACUACAAUCCUUCUUCAACCAAUACAGGAAUCCAAUUUGCCAGUUCCUGGUGGAAUCUUUGCAUUCACGACAUGUGACGGCUCUGCGCUGCACGCCGGAUCAAAGCAGCGAGGCUCUGCAGGAGGAAGCAGCUCAUCAGCGAGAGCUCGCAUUGGACAUCCUGUCUCAUGUGGCACACGUCUUUGAUUUCCCAGACCUGAACCGCUUCCUUAACCGAAAUCUACAGGUCUUACUUCCAUUCCUGGCAGCCAAGGCCAGUCAUACAGCGUCUGCCCUUAUCCGAACCAUUGCCAAGCAGCUAAACGUCAACCGUAGGGAAAUGCUCAUCAAUAACUUCAAGUACAUUUUCUCCCACCUUGUGUGUUCUUGUACCAAGGAGGAGCUGGAGAGAGCCUUCCAUUACCUUAAGAAUGAGACAGAAAUUGAAUUGGGAAGUCUGCUCAGACAGGACUUCCAGGGUCUUCAUAAUGAGUUGCUGCUGCGUUUAGGAGAACACUACCAGCAGGUCUUUAACGGACUUGCUAUUUUAGCUUCCUUCGCCUCCAGUGACGACCCCUACCAAGGCCCCAGAGAGAUCACCACCCCAGGCUGCAUGGCGGAUUAUCUGCAGCCUAAGCUUCUGGGCAUCCUGGCUUUCUUUAACAUGCAGCUACUGAGCUCAAGUGCUGGAGAGAAGGAGAAAAAGAAAAUGGCCCUGAACAGUCUAAUGUCUCUAAUGAAGCUUAUGGGUCCAAAGCACAUCAGCUCUGUCAGGGUUAAGAUGAUGACCACACUCAGAACUGGCCUCAGAUACAAAGAGGAUUUCCCAGAACUCUGCUGCAGGACGUGGGACUGUUUUGUUCGCUGUCUUGACCCAUCUUAUCUGGGUCCACUUUUGAGUCAUGUAAUCGUUGCUCUGUUACCUCUCAUCUCUAUCCAGCCUAAAGAGACUGCUGUCAUUAUGCACUACCUCAUAGUGGAGAACAGGGAGGAAGUAGAAGAUUUUCUUCAUGAAAUCUACUUCUUGCCUGACCAUCCGGAAUUGAAAGACAUCCACAAAGUCUUUCAAGACUACCGUAAGCAAACCUCAAAGAGCACUGACAUGCAGACAGCAUUGCAGCUCUCCAUGCGUGCCAUCCAGCAUGAGAAUGUGGAUGUGCGCAUCCAUGCCCUCACCAGCCUAAAGGAGAUGAUUUACAAGAACCAGGAUGCUCUAUUAAAGCAUGUCUUGGAUAGUGAGAUGGUAGAGCCAGUGAUCUCUCAGCUGGUUACGGUGUUGCUUCGUGGGUGCCAGGAUGUGAAUCCUGAAGCCAGGCUUUUGUGUGGGGAAUGUCUAGGGGAGUUGGGAGCCAUUGAUCCUGGUCGUCUAGACUUGUCGUUAGCUGACACGCAAGGAUCUGGCUCAACAUUUGUGAGUGGGAUAGAUGAUCCAAACUUUGCCUAUGAGCUCCUCACAGAACUGACUAAAGCCUUCUUGGCUUAUGCAGAUGAUGUUAGAGCCCAGGAUGCUGCAGCUUAUGCCAUGCAGGAAUUAUUAUCAAUAUUCGAAUGUCGGGAGGGCAGGACUGACUCAGCAGGUCGCAGACUAUGGAGGAGAUUUCCAGAGCAGGUUCAGGAAAUCCUGGAGCCACAUCUCAAUACCAGGUAUAAGAGUUCUCAGAAGGUGGUGAAUUGGUCCAAGCUGAAAAAGCCAAUAUAUCUCAGCAGCCGUGGAAGCAAAUUCUCUGACUGGUCUGCAACAUGGGCUGGGUACCUUAUCAGUAAAGUUAGACAUGAGCUUGCUGGGAAAGUUUUUAACUGCUGUAGUUUCAUCAUAAAGCAUGAUUAUAAAGUGACAAUCUACCUACUGCCUCACAUACUGGUGUAUGUGCUGAUUGGAUGCAUACAAGAGGAGCAGCAAGAGGUGACUGAAGAGAUUAUGGCGGUCCUGAAGGAAGGUGACCCGCGGUUAGCUCGACUGCAUGAGAAUGCUUCCAGCUUGAGUCAGCUCAGCACACAGACGGUCUUCUCCAUGCUGGACCAUCUUACUCAGUGGUCACGUCACAAACUGCAGAGCCUGAGUGCCAACAAGAGGGUAGGCAAACAUGCCAGAGAGCAGCACCAGCCACAAGCCACGGGUCCAGAGAACAGUGAAUAUCAGAGCGUGGUAGCCUUUCUCAAUACCAUCCCUCAGGAUGUGCUGGCCAAAGCAUCUUUUCGAUCCAGAGCCUACACGCGGGCUGUCAUGCACUUUGAGUCUUUUAUCCGUGAGAAAAAGCAGAACAUUCAGGACCAUCUUACUUUCCUACAGAGUCUGUAUGCAGCCAUGCACGAGCCAGAUGGUGUGAGGGGGGUGAAUGCUCUGAGGAAAGAGGAGCCAUCAUUGAGAGAGCAGAUCCUGGAGCAUGAGAGCAUUGGACUGCUGAGAGAAUCCACUGCUUGCUAUGACAGAGCCAUCCAAUUGGAGCCAGACCAGCUUGUCCAUUAUCAUGGGGUUAUGAACUCUAUGUUGGGUCUGGGUCAACUCUCCACUGUAAUAACUCAGGUCAAUGGAGUUUUGGCAAGCAGGCCACGAUGGAAGUCAGAUCUGAAUGCAUAUCGGGUCGAGGCGGCAUGGAAACUAUCAAAGUGGGACUUGGUUGAAGACUACCUUGCUUCUGAUUGCAAGUCCAGCACUUGGGGUAUGAGACUUGGCCAAAUGCUUGUGGCUGCCAAGAAGCAAGACAAUGAAGCGUUUUAUGAAAAGCUUAAAAUAGCCAGGAAAGAGCAGGUGGUCCCUUUAUCAGCUGCCAGUUUUGAGUGUGGUACCUAUCAAAGAGGAUACGAGUACAUAGUCAGGUUGCACAUGCUGUGUGAGUUGGAGCAUGCUUUUACUGAGCUGCCGAAAGACGGCACAGAAGCAAGAGGAUCCAAGCAGUCUGAACCCAAACUCAACUGGGAUGCCCGCCUGCUUAUGACCCAGAACUCGUUUAGAGCCAAGGAACCAGUGCUGGCUCUACGCAGAGCUCUGCUCAGUCUCAGUAAAGGAGCUUCAUGUGAGGAACAAGUUGAAGCGUGCUGGUUGCAGAGUGCUCGUGUGGCCAGGAAAGCUGGACACCACCAGACAGCCUUUAAUGCCCUGCUCAACGCUGAAAACUCCCAUGUCUCUGAGCUCUUUAUUGAGAAAGCCAAGUGGCUCUGGUCUAAGGGUGAUGUGCAUCAAGCGCUCAUAAUCCUGCAGAAAGGUGUGCAGCAGUGUUUUCCUGAUGAACAACCUCUCACAGACCCCAAGAGAAUCCAGAUUAAAGGAAAUGCCAUGCUGCUGGUGGGCAGAUACAUGGAGGAGACGGCCAACUUUGAGAGCAAUGCGAUUAUGAAAACAUAUAAGGAUGUCACUCAUCUAUUGCCGGAAUGGGAGGAUGGAAACUUUUACCUGGCCAAGUACUAUGACAAAGUGAUGCCUAUGGUCACCGACAACAAAUUGGAAAGACAGGGCAACCUCAUCCGUUACAUAGUCACUUAUUUUGGAAAAGCCCUGCAGUUUGGUAAUCAAUACAUCUAUCAGGCCAUGCCCAGAAUGCUAACAUUGUGGCUCGAUUAUGGAGCCAAAGUGUAUGAGUUUGAAAAGGCGGGCCGUUCAGACCGGGUCCAGAUGCGUGGAGAACUUACUAAGAUCAAUGCUGUGAUCAGCGAACACACCAACAAUCUUUCACCCUACCAGUUCCUCACAGCCUUUUCGCAGCUGAUCUCACGAAUCUGCCACUCCAACAACGAGGUCUUUGCUGUGCUGAUGGAGAUCGUGGCCAAGGUUUUCUUAGCUUAUCCACAACAAGCUAUGUGGAUGAUGACGGCGGUAUCAAAGUCCUCCUAUCCUACUCGAAUGAACAGAUGUAAAGAGAUAUUAAAGAAGGCCAUCAGUUUGAAUGAAUCAUUUGGGAAAUUUAUUGGAGAUGCCAACCGACUGAACGACAAGCUAGUGGAGCUCUGCAAUAAACCGGUGGAUGGGAACAGCAGCACCCUGAGCAUGAGUGUACACUUUAAAAUGCUGAAGAAACUGGUAGAGGAGCCCACCUUCAGUCAGAUCCUCAUCCCACUGCAAUCUGUCCUCAUACCCACCCUGCCCUCCACCGGAGGAGCAAACCCCAAACAUGAUGCCUUUCCAGGGCACUGGGUGUAUCUGGCUGGCUUUGAUGACACGGUGGAGAUCUUGGCGUCUCUGCAGAAGCCAAAGAAGAUCUCGCUCAAGGGCUCCGAUGGAAAGUUUUACACCAUGAUGUGCAAACCCAAAGAUGAUUUGAGGAAAGACUGCAGGCUUAUGGAGUUCAACUGUUUGAUUAAUAAGUCUUUGAGAAAAGAUGCUGAGUCUAGAAGGAGGGAUCUACGCAUUCGGACAUAUGCAGUCAUUCCUCUGAAUGAAGAGUGUGGCUUCAUUGAGUGGGUCAACAACACGGCAGGUUUACGCCACAUCCUCACAAAGCUUUAUAAAGAGAAAGGGAUCUAUGUCAGUGGGACAGAGCUGAGGAAACUCAUUUUGCCGAAAACAGCCUCUUUUCAGGAGAAGCUGAAGUUGCACAAAGAUGUCCUGUGUGCCAGACACCCACCAGUUUUUCAUGAGUGGUUUCUGCGGACAUUUCCCGACCCCACUUCUUGGUACAAUAGCAGGUCUGCAUACUGUCGCUCUACAGCGGUCAUGUCUAUGGUGGGCUAUAUUCUUGGACUGGGUGAUCGCCAUGGAGAGAACAUUUUAUUUGACUCUUUUACUGGCGAGUGCGUCCAUGUGGAUUUCAACUGCCUCUUCAACAAGGGGGAGACAUUUGAUGUUCCCGAGGUGGUCCCUUUUCGGCUUACUCAGAACAUGGUUCAUGCGAUGGGACCCAUGGGCACAGAGGGCCUGUUCAGACAGGCUUGUGAAGUCACACUCAGACUGAUGAGGGACCAGAGGGAGCCGCUUAUGAGCGUUUUGAAAACAUUCCUGCAUGAUCCCUUGGUGGAGUGGAGUAAACCUGUCAAAGGUUCCUCCAAGACACAAGUGAAUGAAUCUGGAGAGAUCCUCAAUGAGAAGGCUAAGACCCAUGUUCUGGACAUAGACCAGCGCCUUCAGGGAGUGAUUAAGAACAGGAAUAAAGUCAUGGGUUUGCCUCUGUCCAUUGAGGGCCAUGUACACUACCUCAUUCAAGAAUCCACUGAUGAUAACCUCUUGUGCCUAAUGUACCUUGGAUGGGGUCCUUAUCUGUGAUAAAAUAUUUGCACUUCAGAGUUCGUUUUGGACCAAAACUGAAUAUAAGUUUUCUGUCUAGUACUGCACUUUUCCAACCACAUGUCAUUUCUGUUUAGUAUUGUAUGUUUCCAAACACAUUGUUCAAAUUUCUGUUUCACUGUUCUACAGUAUUCAAUGCACUUCAAUGCACAAGUUAUUAAAAUGUCAUUA